AUGAUCACACCGGAGUUUGGAACGCCGACAUCUUUCGAUGAUGCCGAUCGGGCGAUAUCUGUUCCAGCUCAAAAGUUACAGAGCUCAAAGGUAGUAGUACUUGGGGCGAAAAAGCUGGAAACGGAGAAGGAAGUUCGUGUUGUGCUGCCGGAAGAUAAAUACCUUGAACGUCUUCAAGAAAUUAUUGUGAGGGAUUAUUUUCCUGAAUUGCCAAAAUUGAAAGCUCAGAAGGAGUAUUUGGACGCAGUUGCAGCUAAUGAUUUAACGAAGAUUCGUGAAUUACAGUUGCGUUAUAGCACAAAGCGCACUAUUCGACGCACCUCACCUACAACUGCAGUUAACAGUCCAGGUGUAUUUGACCCCAACACACCUACACUUAGCUCCUCGUAUACCAAUUCAAGAGUUGGAAAAAGUGACGAAGGAAGCUCCACAAAGAAGAAAAAGUCGCAUGGGAAUCUUACGGUUGAUACUUAUUUGAAUAAAUUUACCUCUGAGGAUAAUGCAUCGUUCGAAGAGCUUGCAUUGUUACAUAAAAAGAAAGAGCAAAUCCGUAAUGCAUGGAUGUAUGAAGCGGAAAAAAAACAUAACGAAGAAUUCGUUACUCGAGGGAACAAAUUAAUUAUGGCUAGUGAUGAGCAAAUCAUGAAGUCUUUAGCUCCUGGAGCUAUCGAAGGAAAGCCUAAAGAGCUUGAUAACUGGUCUUACAAGGCGCGUAAUAUUGUACAUUUUCAUCCGGAAGAGGCACCGUUAACAUUGGAUGAGCAUCUUCAAAGGCAGAAAGCAAAUCAAAGAAUCAUAAAUAAAAGCGCCACCCGUUUUUCAGAGGAGGUUAACAAGGAGAAAAGACAGGCCACUGCUGUUAAGGGAGCGCUACAGCAGGCAGUAGUUAAUGCAGGAAAGGUGGACAUAACAGGACGUGAGGCGGGUAUUUCUAAAACUGGUGUAAUGGAACUAAUUGCUACUCCAUCUCCAGCUCCAGGCGUCGAUGAAUCGCCAUUUAUGACAUGGGGUGAAAUCGAGGGAACGCCAUUUCGACUUGACGCUUCAGAUAUGGCUACUCCAACUUCGGCUCCGGCUUUUAAGAUUCCUGAAAUGCCUGUUCGAGAAAAGAUAGCUCAAAGUAUAGCUGAAACAAUUGCUAAACGUUAUCAUGGUAAACGCAAAGUUGCUAUGCGACAAGUUGAGAAGCAUCAUGCCAAAACACCCAGCUUUGGUUCUAUCCGCACUUCUGAAAAGCUAACAGCGAUGUCUCCUGCCGCGAGACGUCUGGUAGCACAUGGACUUGGAAUUCGUUUGAGUUCAGAUAGGGAAUUAAAAAUCAAUUUCAGUUGCUCACCUUCACGGUCAAGGACAUCGCAUUCCAUAUGUUCGAGUGGUACUCCAGGUUCAUCACAGCUAUUAAGGAAAACACCAAAAAGAAAUGUAGAAGGCUUUAUCACUCAUUCAGAUGCCGAUUCAUCUAUAACUGAUAAUUUGCUCAGUUUCGGACAGUCAAGUACUACCGCUGUGAAAAAAACCCGACCAUCUGCAGUUGAUUUCUUCUAA